AGUCGUUCGCGUGUUUGCGUGUGAUUUAGUGAAGAUAAGCGCUGCACCCCCAUUACUAACAUGUCUCGUGUUUUUGUUUUGAUUUCGCCGCAUGUAUUUGCAAUGCCUAAUUGCGUUCAAAACAUAAAUGGGUGUUACUUUUAAGGUAAGUCUCCGCCCAGGGGGAGUAACAGCGCUCCAUCCACCUGCCAGACUACUUCAGCAGCAGACAGUCAGUGGACCUGAAGCGUGCGCGCUGCUGCUGCUGCUGCGUGGACGAAAAUACACGAGACGCGUUUAAAAACUCCGGUCGAGAGGGGAUACGCGCACUUCAUUUGAACUGUCACGGAAUCACAGUCACAAAAAUUAGUUUAAAGGAGUAACUACUUUGUGGACACGUGUAUGCAGUUACUUUCGACUGGACGCAUUGUUUUGGUUUCUGUACGUUUUCUUUGCGCUGGAUUGCAAAUGAUUUGUACACUGGGACACACAGGAUCGUUUGUGACGGACGUUUUGUAGGACCAAAUAAAUCUCUUGUGGGUCUUUGGAUAAAGUGAUCAUGCAGGGAGUCGGGACUUUGGUGCUGGGGACCCUUCUGGUCUCUGUGUUCUCAGCUGUCUCGGUCCACAGCAGCCCUUUGUCUUCCCUGCCACCCGCUUCUGCUCCACGAGUCUUCCUGUCCUUCAAAGAGCUUAAGUCUACUGGAACUGCCCAUCACUUUGCUUUUCUGCUCAACUCGACGGACUACAGAAUCCUUCGUAUGGACGAGGACCAUGAUCGCAUGUACGUGGGCAGCAAGGACUACAUCCUGUCACUAGACCUGAACGACAUCAACAAAGAGCCCCUCAUAAUUCAUUGGCCUGUGACUCCUCAGAGGAGGACUGAGUGUGUUCUCUCAGGAAAAGACAUCAAUGGCGAGUGUGGUAAUUUCAUCCGUCUAAUCGAGCCAUGGAACAGGACUCACCUGUAUGUGUGCGGAACGGGAGCUUACAACCCCAUCUGUACCUAUGUGGACAGAGGUCAAAGGGCACAGGGCAUGCUCCAAGAUCAGAUGUCUCCUGCGGGAGGCAGAACCAGUCGAGCCGCAGAUCCUAGUACCUCACCAGAACCAUAUGCACCCAAGGAAUACAUUUUCCGACUGGAGCCUGGUAAAGUAGAUUCUGGGAAGGGGAAAUGCCCCUUUGACCCCAAACUAAACAGCGUCUCAGCUCUGAUAAAUGGCCAGUUGUACGCCGGUGUCUACAUCGAUUUUAUGGGAACAGACUCUGCCAUCUUUCGCACGUUGGGAAAACACACUGCCAUGAGGACCGACCAGUAUAACUCCCGCUGGCUCCACGAUCCAACCUUCGUCCACGCUCAGCUCAUCCCUGAUAGUGCAGAAAAGAAUGACGACAAGCUGUAUUUCUUCUUCCGUGAGAAGGCGUCUGAGAUGGGUCAGACUCCCAUGGCUCAGUCUAGGAUUGGCAGGAUUUGUUUGAAUGAUGACGGAGGACACUGCUGUCUGGUGAAUAAGUGGAGUACCUUCCUGAAGGCUCGGCUCAUCUGCUCUGUGACUGGCUCUGAUGGCAUGGAGACACAUUUCGAUGAGCUCCGGGAUGUGUACAUCCAGAAGACCCAAGACACCAAGAAUCCCGUCAUCUAUGGCGUCUUCUCCGUGUCUGGGUCUGUAUUUAAAGGUUCAGCAGUAUGUGUGUAUUCAAUGGCUGAUGUCCGCAUGGUCUUCAAUGGCCCUUUCGCUCAUAAGGAAGGGCCAAACUACCAGUGGGUUGCCUACCAGGGUAAAAUUCCUUACCCCCGACCAGGAACAUGUCCAGGAGGGACGUUCACCCCCAACAUGAAAUCUACUAAAGAUUACCCUGAUGAGGUUAUCAACUUCAUGCGCAACCAUCCGACCAUGUUCAACGCUGUUUAUCCAGUCCACAAGCGCCCCCUAGUGGUCCGUACCAAUGUGGAUUAUGAGUUCACCACCAUCACAGUGGACCAAGUGGCUGCAGCUGAUGGCAACUAUGAAGUUCUUUUCUUGGGAACAGAUAGAGGAACUAUUCAUAAAGUGAUUGUCCUGCCCAGAGAUGAUCUACAGACUGAAGAGCUGGUGCUGGAGGAGGUUGAGGUCUUCAGAGUUCCAACUCCAAUCACUACUAUGAAAAUUUCACCAAAACGGCAACAGCUGUAUGUGAGUUCAGUGGUGGGCGUCACUCAUCUGGCGCUGCACAGGUGUGAUGUGUACGGAGAGGCCUGUGCUGACUGCUGCUUGGCCAGAGACCCUUACUGUGCCUGGGAUGGAAAGUCCUGCUCUCGCUACUCAGCAAACCAAAAAAGGCGGAGUCGGAGGCAAGAUGUGAAGUAUGGUAACCCUAUAAGACAAUGCAGGGGCUAUAAUUCGAAUGCCAAUAAGAACACGUUGGAGACAGUGCAGUAUGGAGUAGAGGGAAGCACAGCCUUCCUGGAGUGCCAGGCCAGAUCUCCUCAUGUGUCAAUCAAGUGGCAUUUCCAAAAGGAGAACAGCGAUAGGAGGAGAGAGAUCCGUUCUGACGGGCAUGUCGUUCGUACGGAGCAGGGUCUCUUCCUGCGCUCUCUCCAGCUCUCUGAUGGAGGGGUUUACCUGUGCACCUCCACUGAGAAGAACUUCAAGCACACACUGGUCAAACUUCAGUUGGUGGUCCUUUCCGCCCGCACCAUCAACACCAUCCAGACCGAAUCCACCGCUCCCGCCGCACCGCCUCUCCAGUCCAGCGCCUGGACGCCCAGCGCAGAGCAGUACAAAGACCUGCUGACCAUCCUCAGCCAACCAGAGAUGGGCCUCAUCAACCAGUACUGCCAGGACUACUGGCAGAUGGGAGACGACCCCGCAGCUCACGCACACAAGAAGAAGGACCUCAAGGAAGUACAGAAGGACCUCCGGAAGCCACGAAACAGGAGACACCACCAGGAGCAGAGCAGCAUGGCUGAGACAUGAGACGGAAAAACCCACUCCAUCCAAAUGAAUGAGACUUAAGGUUGACCUCAAGGUCUUUGACUACCAUUACACACAAACAUAUACCCGCAACCAUUAUGACCGAGGAAAAAAUAAACAAUCCGUUUUCGAAAAUUCAUAGUAUUUAUUGUAGGCUGUACAUAGUUAGAUUCUGUGGAUAUCUUUGUAUGGAAAUAG